GCUGCGGGGUGGGAGAGGGCUACCCUGCCCGCGGAACGGCGAGCGCCCCGGAGGCAGGAAGCCGAUAUGGCAGUUCGGGGCGGGGCCGAAGGUCGCUGACCGCUGGUGGGGCGGUGGCUCCGCCGAAGCCUGGAGGCCGCCUCGGGGGCUCCUUUCUCCGAGCCUGGAGGCAGCUCCUGGGCCUCCCGGGAACGGAGCCCGAGCGGCCGGCAGCGGGGCAGUGGACGGUUGUCCUGGCACAGGCCAAGCCCUGAGGGAAAACCCGGAGUUCGGGCAGUGGCUGGUCGCUGACGACCAGGGUGACGGGCGCUCGGCCUUCCUGGAGAGCGAGGCCGGCUCGACUGAGACCUCCUACUAGGCUGCCUGUCAAAGAGCAGGAAGCAUCGAUGUCUGCUGUGGGUCCUGCCGCUGCACACCUGCAUCGCCCUGGUGACAGUCACAGUGACUGCGUGAGUUUCCUGGGGGCCCAGUUGCCCCCUGAGGUGGCAGCAAUGCCCCAGCUCCUGGGCAACUUGGACAGGGCCACGUUCAGAAAAUUGCUGAAGCUGGUGGUCAGCAGCCUGCAGGGAGAAGACUGCCGGGAGGCUGUGCAGCACCUUAGGGCUGGCGCCGACCUGCCUGAGGAGCAGUUGGGUGCCCUGAUAGCUGGCAUACACACCCUGCUCCAGCAGGCCCUCCGGCUGCCCCCGGCCAGCCUGAAGCCCGACACCUUCAAGAACCAGCUCCAGGAGCUUUGCAUCCCGCAAGACCUGGUUGUGGACUUGGCCAGCGUGGUGUUUGGUAGCCAGCGGCCUCUCCUUGACUCUGUGGCCAGGCAGCAGGGGGCCUGGCUGCCCCACGUCGCCGACUUUCGGUGGAGGGUGGACGUGGCCAUCUCCACCAGCGCCUUGGCCCGCUCCCUGCAGCCGAGCGUCCUGAUGCACCUGAAGCUCUCGGAUGGGUCCGCCCUCCGCUUUGAGGUUCCCACGGCCAAAUUCCAGGAGCUGCGGUUUGCUGUGGCCCUGGUCCUGAAAGAGAUGGCCGACCUGGAGAAGAGGUGCGAGCGCAAGCUGCAGGACUGAGCCUCUCGCCAGUGCCUUCUGGUUGCCCAGGCGGCUGUCUCAGAUGGGCUCUCCAGAGCGAAGCCCGCCCUUCUGAGAAGUGAGGGAGUGUAACCAUGUCUUUCUCUAAGUGAAGUAGACAGCUGUGCCUUUCCCUUUUUUUGGAAGUAAAGCAACUGUAAAAAAAAAAACAAAAACGUCCUCCUGGGUAUGCGCCCUCUCCACAGUGGUCAGUCUGUCUUGCUGCCAGGUAAGGGCACCCACUGCGCUGGUGGGCCCACGUGUGGUCUGGGGUUCAGGCCAAGGCCUUUGUGAGGACACAGGCUGUUCAGCCUGCCCUGUGCAGCAUCCGAGCUGUUGCUCCUUUGCUCUUGGAAACCGUAUGUUUCAGGGUGCACAUUUCAUUCCCCAUCUUAAUCCCUGACCUUAAAGCACAUUCUAGUGGAGGGGGUGCGGGGAGGAAUGUGUAAUAAAAACAAGAAGUGUAGCCCGGGAGAGGGUAAGCGCUGCAGGAGGUGCAGCAGCCUCCGGAGAUGGGAGGCAGGGCAGUGGGAGAGCUGGGCUGCACUUUAAAUCAGGUCUUGGGAUGGGUCUCCUGAGGAUGUGGUUCUUGAGCCAAGAGGAGGCAGAGACACUGCUCUGAGGGAAAGCCUGUGGGCGUGGGGCUGCAGCCAAGUGGGAGGAGAUGAGUGGAAGCGCAGGGGCAGGCCGAAGGCCUCUCUGGGAACUCGGCUCAACUCUGAGUGAAUGCUUCAGUAGACGUGUUAGAGGAUCACACCAGAUACUGUGUUGACUGCAGAGGGCAGGCUGCAGGAUGGGGUGAGGAGUCUGGAGUUGGUGGUGGUGGCAGAGAGGGGAGCGGGGGCCUAACUUAGGUUUCUUGCGGCUGGGUGGCUCAGGCAGCUCAGACCGCCAUAGACCAAGUGGCUUGAAUGACAGAAAUGACUUGCUUGCAGUUCUGGAGGCUGGGGUCAGCGUGCCAGCACAGUCAGGUCCUGGUGAGGCCUCUCCCCUGACCUUUCGACUUGCCUCUGUGCAUGUGUAUGCAUGUGUGUGUGAGUAUGUGAGCAUAUGUGUGUGUGAGAGAGAGAGAGAGUGCUCUCCUCCUAAGAGAGCACCAGUCCUAUGGGAUCAGGGCCCUGUGUUUAUGUGUGAAGAGCCCUUGACCAGCCCUGUCCCCUCCAGCAUAACUGCAACCCAAGUAGGGGGCCUGACACUGUCCCUGCCUCUGUGGUUUGCUCUACCAGAAACCAGGUCACAGCCUGGUAGGAUUAAUAGGCCCAAGCACCAGGCAGGAGCUUCCUCUGAAAAAUAGCGAUUGGGUUUGGGUGCCCACCUGGCAUCCUGCCAUGUCUGUUGGAAGCCCCUAGCCUUCCCCAGCACCCCCUUCCUGUCCCCACUCUGUGCCAGAACCCAUCAAGAGCAGCAGUGUUUCCUCUGUGCUGUUCCCAGAAUGCUCCCAUGAUCUUGAAUAAUUAGGCCUUUCCCUGAGCGAGGGUCCCAGCAAGUUGGGCCAAAGGGACAGAGAGGAGGUGCCCUGGGGGCUGCACUCAGAGCUGGGGUUUCCUGAGCCAGGCCCCACGUGGGGCUCAGUCCUGGCUCAGCCGAGGGCUGCGGACUCCCCAUGUCUGCAGUAUCAGCCAGCAUCCUGGGCCCUUCUUCCCUGAGGACAGGAGCUGGACUGGGCCUUCCUCGCUGCUGCCUAGGCCUGCCCACAAGGACCUGCACUGUAAGCUGAGCACCAUGUCUGCUUCAACCAGUGAUGGAGGCCCUCUUUGCUACGACUUCUUCCUCAAGCAUCAGGCAUGUGUCAGGAAUAUGUACUUAUUAUGAUAUGUUUGGAAAAUCCUAAAAAAAUCAAAACUAAAAAGAAUCAAAAAGCUCCUUUGCCCAUAGACAGCCAUGGAGAAACCGUCUUGACCAGAUUUGAACUUAUUCUCUGUGCUGUGUCUGUGUGUUAACGCAGCUCUGUUCAUUUAACUCUCCCUGGACAUGAUGGUCUGUCUACUGGCUGCAGAGCAUGCAUCCCUUCAGUGGGCAUGCUGAGUUCCCCUUGGGCUUGGCAGACAGAGCACCAGAGACUGGGCAGCUCCUAAAACAGUAGACAUCCAUUUCUCACAGUGCGGAGGGUGGACAGCUGAGGUUGGGCCAGCAGGGUCAGGGAGCCAUGGUCCCAGCUGCAGACAUCGCUGUCCUCAUGUGGAGAGAGGGCACAUGAGGGGACUCCAAAAAAGGGAGGGGACUCAACCCUCAUGACCUGAGCACACCCAAAGGCCCCCCUCCUCACAUUUGACAUUAGGUCAUUUGACACAAACAUUCAGAGCAGAGCAACUUCUGUGUUUCUUUUUUUUUCUCAAUUAAAAAUGACAGUGAUGUUAUGCAACUGGAGAUUAUUAUACUGAGUGAAGUCUGAGAAAGACAUAUCACUUACAUGUGGAAUCUAAAAUACCACACGAACACAUCUACAAAACAGACAGAACAGAAUUGUGGAUGCCAAGGGUGAGGAGGCAGAGGAGGGAAGGAUUGGGAGUCUGGGAUUAGCAGAUGCAAACUAUUGUAUACAGGAUGGAAAAACAAUAAGUCCUCCUGUACAGCACAGGGAACUAUAUUCAAUAUGUGUGUGUGAGUAUGUGACAGUGUGUGAGUGUGUAUGUGUGUGUGUGUGAGAAAGCGUGCUCCUCUUAAGAGGGCACCAGUCCUGUGGGAUCAGGGCCCUGUGUUUAUGACUUCAUCCAACCUUAAUCACCUCCCUGAAGGCCGCAUUUUUAAAUGCAGGCUCAGCAGGGGUGUGGGCUUCAAAAACUGAGUCCAUAGACUCAAUUGAGAGUGCUGGGGAGGGGGGAGCACGGGCCUCUCCGGGGUGCCUUUAGGGCAGCAGUGUGCAGAGUCCUUGACCAGCCCUGAUCAUGAUAAAUCAUGGAAAAUGUGUAUGUAUAACUGAAUCACUGCUGUACAGCAGAAAUUAUCACAACGUUGUAAAUCAGCUGUAUUUCAACAAAAUUGUUUUGAUCACAUAUCAAUAAAGUGAAGUCGCUCA